AUGGUCGAAUCGAAAGAUAAAAUCCGUAGUGGUCGUUCAGGUUCCACCAGUUCUUCAAAAGACGACAAGAAAGAAGUAGCAAAGAGAAAAUUGUCUGACUCUGGAAGUGCGACGGAUAAAAAGAUGAAGAUUGAGAGGUCGAAUAGUAAAAGUGAAAAAAGUUCUUCGGAAAAACCUGUUAUCGGAAAACUAGCCCGUCAAAAAGCAGCAGAAUCGAAAGCUGCGGAAGAAAAAUCAAAAACAACGAAAAAGUCAACUAAGAAGGAAAAAGACACGAAGUUCCCGAAGUUCCAUGAGACCAAACUUCUGGCAGAUGAAAAACUGUCGCUAGAAAAGAUCUCCGAGAGCUACAGCGCCAUUGUCAAAACUAUUAAAGAUCACAUGAUGGAUAUUUCCGACCUCAAAAAUGCAAAAACGGAGGAUAAAGACGCUCUUUACCAGACGCGAACAGAGGCCGUUUUGGCCAUUUCCACGCUGAAGCAGUUGAAUCGCUUCGCCCAAAUGCUCACUAGAGAAUCGAGAGAUGAGACGAAAACCCUCCUGGGCCGUUCAGAUGCAGUCAAUUUGAAACUACAGAACUUACAGUAUCAGACGCACCAUCUUAAAACCGAAAUCGACGCCUGUCUCGGCUUCAACUCCCUGCAUAAGACGAUCGAAAUGGUUCCAGAAGAAAGCUUCAAGGAAUCAGCGCCUCAGGACAUUGUCGAAAAAGCAGAAUCAUCCGAUCACGAGAUGGUAAAGGCCAGACUUGGCUGGGAACUGGCGCAGCGCGAGGAACUAAAAUCGGCGAUCGAACAAAUCAAAACGAAACGGAGCAAGCUGGAAAACGACGCCAGUCGCGUGAGAUCGAAUCUCAAUGAUCUCCGACCGCAACUGAGCACGAUGCUUGAAGCCGCAAAUGGAGUCAGAUCCAUUCUCGGACUCGAUGGAACUGUUGGUGCGAUGGGUACAGCGACGGAAGUACUGACAGAUCCGCUGUUGAAGAUUUAUAAAGCUGGUAGAGCGCUUUCCCAGACAAGGUCGGAUGUAAAAGUGCUGAUGGAGGGUGAUCAUAAAGAAGCGAUAGAGCUCAAAGGUAAAGGAUUCGAAGAUGGUGAGAUGGAGCAAGAGGAGGAAGAAGAAGAAAACCAAAAGCGCAGUCGAAAGAAAAGUUCAAAGGACAAGAAAGAUAAAGCCUCAAAAGGAUGGUUCCCGGUGUUUAUCACGUGGAAGAUCGGAUCGAAACCAGUCAAGUUCAAGCAAAAUAUCUACAACAAGCUCAUCUACGCCGAGUCGUCAGAGUCGUCCGCAACUCCAGAACUUAGUUGUUUGUUCAACAAUGACACAGGUCGUCAAACAUCAAAUGACGGUGGCAAGACACUUUCCUUUGGAAGAUGUUACGAGUGGGCCGGACAAAUCGCAACUGGGCAAGCUCCUUCAGGCGAUGAGACCUAUUCCGAUUAUCUUGGAAGAGUUGUCGAGGCGAUUCAGGAUCGAUUCAAGCACUCUGAGCUUGUCCAGACGCAUGUGAAUACGUUGAAGGAUAAAAAACUGCCGCUCGAUCUGUCCAAUGAGCUCAUGAUGACCGGCGUCAUCACGAAGUUCGAAGAGUCAGACACUUACGAGUCUCCACGUGGUCUUAAGCCAUACGAAGAUGGAAAACUCUUCAAAGUGUCGAUCCAACAUAUUGAUGAGAAAAAGAUGUUCGCGUACAUUUCUUUCUCGCCAAAUUAUCCGCUCAAUCCGCCACGAAUUUCAGUUUUCACGGAAGACAACAAAAACGCUGCUAAUGAUGUCCAGCUUCAAUACAUCGAGGAACAUUGUAAUCUCCGACUGCCAAUACGACUUAGAGCAAAGGAUCGAAUGAUAGAAGCGAUUUCCCGACAAAUAGGAACUUUAAUGAUGCAGCCGAUUUCCGCAAAAGUCACCACGCGAAAUCGUAUCCAUCCUGUCCAGUUAUUGUAA